AUGGCUCCCACGAAGGACGACUGCGACUGCCCAAGUCCAAUCCUUUGGGAAUUUCCCGCGCCAGGCAACCAGGAUCUGAUGCCUAGCAAGCACCCUCAAAGCUCUAGCUUCGAGAUUGAGCAGUACCUCGAGGCUUCCGCUCACGUCCCACCUACUUCCGGCUUUGGUACCGUCCCCGUGUACAUCAACGAUGUUGUCGAGCCCACCUGGCCCUGGGACUUCAAUGUUCCCGCUGCCAGUCACCGGAACCUGUACUGCAAGCCCUGUCAGCAGGAGAAUAAGGACAACACAGCUCAGGAUGAGUUUGACUGGAAGUCCUGCUACGAGAAACCGGGGUAUGGUGGGAUAUGGUCCACAAGCUUCGACGUGAUGGGAUCAGGCAUGGCUAAAGUCCCAAUCAAAUUCGAGUUCACGCCUGAGGCGGAUACCAUGGUCUGCGCCUUGGGUUUUCCUGGCAUGCUGGAAGGAGGCCUCUCGCAGGCCUUCCCCGUCAUCAACAAGCAGCCACCAUCAGACAGAGGACGGCAGCUAUUCACGGAAGACAACCCUGAAGGUGUGCCGUGGAAGGGUCGUGAGGCAGCGCCAUUGCGAAUGCACUACAUCGUUGGCACUGUGUUGGUGUUUGCGCUGUGCAUGGCGUUCUCCGCUCGGCUUUUCUGGCAGAAGCGGAAGCAGAGGAAGGCGUCGCAGGCUCUGAUCGCUCAAGCUGAAAACGGUGGUCUCAUGGAUGGUAGCAAGACCAGAUAUACCGAUGAUAUGUAG